ACACUUAUUAUUUCAAGGUUAUCACAAACUGGAUCCUUGCAUCGAGGUUUUACCAUUGAAAGGGAUUAUAUUGGCGUAGGAGAACAAGUUAAUAAUCAUGUCUCACGGUUGGGGAUAUGGACCAUCUGAUGGACCUGACAACUGGUGCAAUGGCUUUCCCAUUGCUAAUGGACCCAGGCAAUCUCCUAUUGAUAUUAUUCCUGGUCAAACCUCCUACGAUUCUGCCCUGAAGCCACUCAAACUGAAGUAUGACCCAUCCAACUCCAUAGACAUUCUGAACAAUGGUCAUUCCUUCCAAGUUGGCUUUGUGGAUGAUACUGACAGUUCAACACUGACCGGAGGCCCCAUCACCGGCACAUACAGGCUGAAGCAGUUCCACUUCCACUGGGGCGCCAGUGAUGACAGGGGCUCUGAGCACACCGUCAAUGGAAUCAAGUUCCCCUGUGAGCUCCAUCUGGUGCACUGGAACACCAAGUACCCUAGCUUUGGUGAGGCCGCUAGUGAACCAGAUGGACUCGCUGUGGUUGGAGUGUUUCUGAAGAUUGGUGCUGCAAACCCCAGACUGCAGAAGGUUCUCGAUGCUCUGGGGGCCAUCAAAUCAAAGGGAAAGCAAACUACAUUUUCCAACUUUGAUGCCAAAACUCUGCUGCCUGGCUCACUGGACUACUGGACAUACGAUGGCUCCCUGACCACUCCCCCUCUGCUGGAGAGUGUCACCUGGAUCGUCCUGAAGGAACCGAUCAGUGUCAGCCCUACCCAGAUGGGUAAAUUCCGCAGCUUGAUGUUCAGUGGUGAUGGAGAGGCACCUUGCUGCAUGCAGGACAACUACCGGCCCCCUCAGCCUCUCAAGGGACGCAAGGUCCGCCGGUCCUUCAAGUAAACAGCCAUGCAUCACCCCAUCAUUGCCAAUCCCCGACCUUUCCCCUAGAUUAUAUAUACACAUUGUGUGCCAUUUUAGCCCAUGCAUUGCUGUCAGAAUCUGCUAAUUGUUAACCCCAUAACCAAAACAAUCAGUAAUUUCUAGAAUACAGAAAGGAAACAAAUCUAAACCAAUGCAGUUUAAUAGCAAGAGCCAGUGUAGAUGAGAUUAUUGCGCUGGUAUGGAUGGACACUUUAUACCCCUGGCCUGCCUUCCCCUCCUGUAAUCCCUGACGAUAAACCUCAGGAUCACCCCGGAUUAAUGUCAUUUAGCUGCCUGCCUGCCCCUGCAAUAACAGAUGACCGACUCAGUCAGUCAGUCAGUCAGAGAUAGAGGCCUUUUAUAGUAUAAUACUACCGGGCUUCUACUCUCAAUAAGCACAAACAGUACCUAUCCGAGAGAUGGAAUCUUGAAUUACAGUAAUCCUUAAAUGCUUUCCAUGCCUUCCAUUUUUGGAUUGUGUAUCUACAUCGUCAUCAGUGUUUUACUUUAGAUUACAGGUCUAUACUGAAAAUAAGAGAUGCAAUUCAAGUGAUUCUUUUUUUUACUACUCAUAAUUUACUACCUACCUACUAUCACCCCAGUGCAUUAUCAUUGUGUCUUAUAAUCAUGAGAGUGAAAUAAAAUGUUGUGUGAUAUGUCAUAUCAUCCAAGUCCAUCCAUUGAAAUGAAAUCACUGACAGAGGGACCAGAGUAAUGUGUGUUAUAAUAGUUUUUUUCUGAAUGUCAUCUUGAAAAAUGAAAUCUUGAAGAAUGUUUCAAAUGUUUUUGGAAAUACCUGGAUAGAUUUUUAAGGCUUGCGGGUAAUUAUUGUUAAACCUUAAAAUGGUAGUAAAUGGAAGGUUUGUUGUGUGAUUCGUUCAUGUCAAAUUUGAUGGAUGGGAAUUUUAUCAGUGAAAUAAAUGGUAUGACUGUA